AUGAACUCCACUCCUCUGGCUGCCCGCUCGCCCAACACCCAUCUCGCUGUCUCCAACGAGCAGGACCUGAAGGCCGCAUCAACAAUGGAUCCGAUGGACCAGCACCGUCAGAAACUCCAGGGAAAGAUCGAGAACCAAGAUAGCCAGCAAGCAAGCUACGUCUCUCCAUCCGACGACAUCAUGAGCCCCUGCUCGAAGAAACUGAGCGACCUUAAGGGGAAGCGCUUCAAGAACGCCGGAAAACCCCAAUCACUGUUCGCCAAGCUGGGCAAGAAGAACUUCGAACAACAAUCAUCUGCCGCCGCCGCUGAGAAUACCGAGAAGAGUGUUUAA